AUGGAUGCCCUCUCGUAUUCAGCAGCACAUCGAAGCAAACACCUCAACGGGCCCGGCGGCGGCAGCGGCGACGGCUUCUUUUUCGAAUUGCUACAGGCCGACGCUGGUGCCACAGGUGUUGAUAUCCGCCGGGAGGGACACUCCGCGGCCCAGGUCCUGCGUUCAUUCACCGCCUCACAAAAGCGGACGACGAGGUGGUUCUUUCAGGCUGGCUUUGUUACUCAGAUCCUCGGCGCUCUGAUGCAUGGUCUCCGGGGUGUGAUAAGCUCCGCGUGCGACAGGAAGCUUACCCGCGUCCCACCUCAGUUUGCCCAACAACAGGGAGUCAGGGACAGCUCCAGAAGAACAUUCAGGAUCAUCCGUCAUGUCAUGGAAGCCCCUGAUGUCCCAAUCAAAGGCAGCGAAGCUAACGUCUUGUACUGCCGCUCACCGCAAAAGAUCAGGCAGCGCGGGGAACGGGAUUACCUAGUUCACCCUGCUAAGGAGGCGGUCUAUUGCUGA